CGCCAGUAGCGCCUAGUUAGAGCAAAAGUUUUAACUGAAAUUUACAAAGUUACAAGAAAAAUAUACUUCAGCGCGAUUUUCUGAUUUUAUUUCGAAUUGCACCGUGAACCCUUUAAAAAUGUCCCACAAAAAUUAGAAAAUAGUUUUCUGACAUGUCUGACAAACUUCUAGUUGGAGAGUUCCAGCCUAUGGCCAUGCAUCGUACCGUCUCCUAUGUUCAACUGGGACGGAUUGCCUACCACGAGGCUCUGCAGAUACAGACACUGUUAAAAAGAUGCAUGUUGGACAAGAUAAGAUCCCCCAGGACCAGUCGCCCGGAAGUACAGGAUACAUUGCUAAUCUGCGAGCACGAACCUGUCUACACAGUUGGCCUGAGACAUGCAGACUACCUGGCCUCCGAAGAGCAGAGAUUGCGAGAACUAGGAGCCGAUUUUCAUCGAACAAACCGCGGUGGCUUGAUCACAUUUCAUGGACCUGGGCAGUUGAUGGCCUAUCCAAUCAUCAACUUGGCUCAUUAUACGAAAAGCGUACGUUGGUACAUUUCUCAGCUGGAGAGGACUAUUAUCAGCACGUGUAAAGACUUUGGGAUCGCGGCCACUACGUCACCCGAUACAGGCGUGUGGGUGAACGACAACAAAGUUGCUGCUAUAGGGAUUCAGUGCAGCAGAUACAUCACAAUGCAUGGACUUAGCCUGAACUGCAACACGGACCUGUCCUGGUUUGAGCACAUUGUUCCCUGUGGAAUCAAAGACAAAGGCGUGACCUCCCUCACGCGAGAACUGAAACGGGAGAUCACCGUUCAAGAAGUAGUGCCGGUGUUCCUGGAGGCUUUUGCCAGAGAGUUCGACUGCUCAGUUGUAGAAUCGGCAGAGAAAGACUUAGCUAGAAUUUCAAAUUUUGAAUCAUGUUUAUAACAACUUACUGGACUGUUGUUACAAACUACAUUCAUUAAUAACUGUUUAUUCAUAAAUACCAAAGACGUUUACCCAUUUCCAUUGGUGGAGAGCCAGUCACGUCUUAAACGGAUGAAAAAGACAUGGCUGGCUAAUCUUAAACACAUUUCCAGUGCCACAUGAAAUUAUUUUGGACGACUAAAGAUUCCCAUGAAGUCCUCAAUUCAUAACGCACUCACCACAGCUGCAUCUGAGCGUUGUCGUGCAGUAUGCGCGACACACAUGCCAAUCUCCAUAAAAGGAGUUGUUAACGUCUUACUCGUGAGCUGGACACUCCAUUAUAUAGCUAGAGGGAUGUUUCGAAAAACAGAAAG